GUCUCAAAAGGUGUUGCGGAGGUUGCUCGAAAUCUGGGCAAAAUGUUGCGUGCAUUCCAACCCACAAUUAGAGAACUUCAAGAUGUUUCCAGGGAGUUUAAGACCACACUGGAAUGGGAGAUCGGUCUUGACGACAUUUCAACUCCACCAACACAGACCACCUACAAUUCUACUCUUGACCUUAAUGGCACAAGAGAUCCAAGCAAAGCCUACAGCUCUGAGGAGUCUAAAGAAGCCAUCCUGCCUCCUCCUGCAACUGCUGCGGAGCCACAGUCUCAGAAGCCAGAAACUGACAACUCGCCUCUCGAUUCUUCAUGUCAAUAGUCAUGGGAACAAAUGUCAAGGUCGAGCAAUUUUGUUACCUCGUUAGAAUUGUGUAAAACAAAAAGGAAACCAUUCAUGUUCAUGUUCUCUUGUUCUAUCGAAAUCUGUUCUAGUUAAUGACUUUACUUGCCAAUGUGUUCUUACGCCAUACAAGCAAAACACAACGAUGGUGUUUAAAAUGAAUUUAAAUUAUAAAUCCGUUGGGGUUUGAACUGAGAAGUUCAUCGGUCAUGCUGUUGAUCUACCUUUGCUAUAGGAGGCACAUGAAUUAAAAUUACAAUUCUCUUAAAUGAUACAAAAAAUGUUACUACUUCUACAGUAAUCCAACUUGACUUUUCCUUUUUAACAUCGCAAUAGCAAAAGCUAACCAAAAGAAUUAAAUGACAAUAAAUGCGAAAAAUUUUCCCAUUAAAUUGGUGGGGA